AAAAAUGUCUAAGUUAAAUCAAAAUAUAAAUCAAGUCCAGAGCAAGAAAAUUAACUCGACUCGCAGAAUUCAGGAAUUGGCAGACGCCAGUAUUGCUGAAGGCGACAAUCAGAAGCAUAAAACUCAAGAAAAAGUCCAGAAAAUAUUUGAUUUCCACCAAGUUCAUAAUCAUAAACAGGAUUUUGAAAGCGAAAUUAUGAGUCCUCAUUUUUAUAAGCCUAAUAAAUAAAUUGUUCUACCUCCCUCAGUCUAACAAAAUGAAGAGUUUGAGUAAGAAGCGUCAGAGGUCCCAGAAUACUCAUCCGAAGGGGCAACAGAAUAAUGGGUCUAUGAAUUACUCCAUAACUGAAGUCUCAUCUUCCAUCCCUCAUAACAAAUUUAUUAGAGUUACAAGCCCUAUCGAGAGACUAAAUAUUGACAAGAUUUCUAGUACAAAAUAACACUACUGAAGAGACCGAUGAGCUCCAGACCAAAAAUUUUCAAGAUUUCUUCAUCCAAAACACAAAAGGCAAGAAGCAUUUGUCCAUGCUGGAAGACGCCAAGAGCAAUUGCUCCUUGAUGCACCCGAUUAAAGCACAUAAAAUUAACAAAGAUUGCUAUACGAAGGAAGUUCAGGGAAAAGAGAAUGAGAGUGUCGAUACAAUCAAACACCUUUCUCAAAAAGACAGCACUAGAGAGGAAGUCCCUAGUAUAAAGGAUAUACUUGCAGAAAAUUCCUGUAGUACAAUCGAGAAGGUCAUUCCUUGAGAACUAUUAGAGGACUCUCUCAAUACCUCUUCGUUACAGAAGACCAUAAUGAAAGUUCCAGAAGAGAGCAAGACUUGGAAUGAUAAGGAGAAACCUUUCCUAUCGACGCUAAAUAAAGCUAUUAACUAUUUCAAUCAACCCAAGACUUGCUUUAGCAAAGAGAUUAUCUUCGAGCCACAGUACCUCACUCAAAAGGUUCUUAGCACUGAUCCCAGUAGCACCAAAGGGGUGAAGGAAACAUGGGGGAAACACAUGUAUGAAAAAGUCCUGAAGACAGAAACCGAAGGGACAGACCCAUUCUCCAUCCUUGACUUCCAGAAGGAUUCAAUGGAUGAGGACUUAAAGGAUGACUUACUCCAGGACAGCCUUAACAAAGAGCCUGAUGAAGGCGCUCAAAUUGUCGAAACGGCGAAAUCUGCUCCCAAAACUUAUAAACAAGACCCAAGGGACCUCAAUAAUUACACAAAAUUUGCUGAAGGAUCUGGUAAAAUCAAGAAUGAGGCAGCAAGAGUAAUACAAAGCAAUGGAGCAUACUCACGCAUAAAGCAGCUUGAGAAAGAAGUCCUCAGGCUCAACAAAAUUGUUAAAAAGGAGAAGAAAAAGAACCAGGAUCUCACUAAUCUGGUUAAGUAUUAUGAAUGCUUUGGUCCAUUAUAUAAGCAAAAGUUAGAACAAGAUGACCCUCAGGCUGUCUUUAGCAAGAUGAUCGGAGGUUUAUGAGUUAGCGACAAGAGUAUCUCAGGAGACCUUAAAAGCGAUGCCAUUAGUCACCAAAAAUCUCCUAACUGCACUACUAAGCUUACUGAAUGCGAAAUUAGAAGAUCUAAUAGACGAUUAGCUUCGAAAUCUCGUGAAGGGAAGGCUCCAAAGGAUUUCUCCUCAAAGGUGAUUCCAGUCAAAAAGCCUUGCUAUAUCUCUCAGAAACAUAGUGCGAUUCAUAGUCCUAAAGAAAACUCGAAGCGAAGCUCAACAAAGUCUAAGGUUGGCAAGAAGUUCUUCAAAAAAGAGGAGGAAAGAAAGGCUGUCAAGCCUCGGAGAUCCAAGAAUAGGAAGGAAGAUAGAAAGUUGAACCAGUCUCUUAACAGCCCUAAUUUUUACAAUCAAGUCACUCAAGAGACUUAUCCAGAUGAAUUCAACUACAGCCUUGGCGAGAAGAUGAUCGUCUCACAGCUCCAAAAGCUUGGAGUAAAGAAAAACUCUCUUCUUCAGAGAUAUUAAGCAUUACUUGUUAAUUAUACGAACAAUUUUUAAGUUUUUGUCAAU